AGUCACAAGUCGAUCGCAGCGCCUCUACGUAUAAACAACAUUCAACUAUGGCAGCGUUCUCUUCCUUAUUGAAGUUUUAAUGGUGGCCGUGACUGGAAACAGUCCUGUUUUCAAGCAGUCUGUAUGGUGAUUUGUAAAUGAACGAGGGGUCCACGAUGGAUUACACCACCAUUGGUGGCCUACCCUUCCAGGGAAAUACGCUGCCACCAAUGCAUCAGUUCAACAAGUACUCUGACUCAUUGCUCGGAACGCAAGGAACGGCAGUUAUGGUGGCAACUGUGGGGCCUGACGGUGGCUACCAGUACGUGAUGGGACCGCCAGAACAGAGUCCACCUAGAAUAACACAGCUCACCGCAGCCCCUAGCCUUCAGGUAUCGCCAAGCAAAUACGCCAUGAUGUGGGACAGCGGGUCAGCAGUGCCCGUUCUGACGUCAAUCGAACCGGCCAAGCUGAUGGUGCCUCACCAGGCCACGUGGCGCAUCGAGUACGACGGCUCUUACGAAGUGUCCAAACUUGGGCCAAUUAAGGAGGAGGAAAAGCCUCUGGAAGAAAAGUUGUGGCACGACUCGCAAAUGCAACCCCAGUACACUGAUCUCGGCCCGGCGCAUCAGCUCACCAGCCAGCACCUGAUGAUGGACACGGUCAACUUAAACCAAAUUGAGAUGAAAACGGAGGUGACAGAAACCUUCGACCAGGUCAACUCAAAGAAACGACGCCCCCGCAAGGCCAAGGUCAAGGUGAAGAAGCCCAGGUACCGACCCGGCGACAUUAGAAUCACCGUUGCCCCUGAUGGAAGCCAAUUGUUCAGCUGCCCUGAGUGCAGCCUCGGCUAUCCUGAGAGACAAGCUCUGGAGGUGCACAUGAGCACGCACAAGCAGGAGCGGCGCUUCCGGUGCGACACGUGCGGCGCCACCCUGAAGCGCAAAGAGCAUCUGGACCAACACAUGCGCGGCCACUCGACCGAGCGACCGUUCGUCUGCGAUAUUUGCAAAAAGGGCUUCAAGCGCAACGAGCACCUGACGCGGCACCAGGCGGUGCACUCUGGUGACAAGAACUUCGCGUGCCUCUUGUGCGACAGGCGGUUCGCGCGCAAGGACCACUUGACCAAGCACACGCAGACGCACACCAAGAAGGCCAAGAGCGAGAUAGCCGUGCAGCAGCAGCAGCAGCAGCAGCAGGAACCAGAGGAGCUGCGGUUGCAGGAGCAGAGCCUCUCUCCUAUCCUGAUGAUGACCAGUAAUGUGCUCGUCGGCUAGCCAGGGAUGGGCUAAAAGUACUUCUUUUUUGAAAAAGGAACCGAAAAUAGUACUUCGGGACAUUAUCAGGGUUGCCAUAAAAACUCGCAUUUUGUUUUAAAAAAAAAAAAUGCAGUGCAGUGGUUAAAAACGGUUUUUUUAUUUUUACCAGUUUCUUGCAGGCAAUGUUUGCACCUCAAUUAUUUUUCUCAUGACUUGGAGUCAAUAAAUUGUCUGAGAUAAAUUUAUGGAGAAAUUGCGGUAGUAUUUUGACCAUUCAAAUUUUAGCAAAUUUUAGAUUUUCACAGGAGAAAAAUGGAAUAAAUUCAUUUCUCGCAAUUCUUGCGCAAGAAAUUGGUGAAAUUUGAUUGGUACUAACCGUUAAAACCAGUGGUGAAAAAAACCGGGUGGUAAGCAAA